AUGCGACACAAGAUCAACAAGAACAACAAAAAGGCGAAACAAAUACUCCAAGAGCUCAAAUUCACACCUUCAAAGAUCGACUUCGAGCGGUUCCCAGAGCAGUACAUGACUGAAACAUGGGCCUUCGAUGACACCCGCCCCACCCCAGCGUCCUGCUCCGUCGCAGGCUACUCCUUCACCGUCAGAUUCCCCAGCAACACGAGCAGUAUCGAGUCCUGGUCAGCCCUCAUCGGCAUCGAAGGACGCCCGACGUGGUUCCGCGCGGUCCUGGACACCUCGUCGCCAGACUACACCUGCGCCCACUCUGGCGAGGCGGGCGUGCUGAGCACUUGUCUCACCACCCCGAGCCUCCAAAUCUCCGCCGCGCCGGUCUCUCCCGUCCUCCCUCCCGAGCCCGCCUACCCCGAGAUUGAGAUCACCAACGUCUCCGCCGAGACCUUGUCGAACAAUAACCUAGUCUUUGAGUUUGACGUGGUCGAUAACACCAAUAACAAGACGGCGCACUGCUCCAACCAAUGGAUCUCCGGUGCCCGAUCCGUCAUCGAUAAUGCAUGCUCCGUCGCGGGUUAUACCUCCGACAUUGACUUCCCCAACGGAUUCAACAUCCAGUCUUGGACGGUGUACAUUGAUGUCGAGGGGAAACCCACAGCUUUCAAGGCGGAUGUGAAGACCGGCACGCCUGACUAUACCUGCGGCCAUUCUGGCACGGGAGGCGUUCUCAGCGCCUGCUUCACUGGUGCUGGUGUCAAGAUCGCCGCCGCUCGGUGGUCGAUCUGGGGUCCUAGUUCGUAG